AUGCCUUCCUCCCUCGACAUCUCCCCUGCGUCCGACCAGGCUCCGCUUGUACUGGUCCGAGCUGCGGCGCUGGGCCUCCUCGUCAUCACUCUCGUCCUCCUCCUGGAGCUGAGUGAGGGCGACGCCCUCCUCCUCGAACGCGUUGAACAGCGUCGAGUUCUGCUGCUGGAACAGCCUGCUGCGGCGCCCGUGCCCAUUCGCGGCGCCACCCUCGGCAUACGCGGGCGGCACGGCGCCGCCGUUGCCAUAGUUCCACAGCGUCGCGCCGCCCUGCUGGCCCUCCAUGCUCAUGCGGCCCGACAUAGACAUGCGCGGGUUCAUGAGGCCGGUCUCGAGGCUGGUCGUGUGGUGCGGGACCUCGGGCUGGCGAGAAAUGUUGAGCAGGAAGACGCCCAUGAAGAUCGUGAGGAAGCCACACAGGAGCGAGAUGGUGUUAACAGCGUCGGUCGUGUUGAAGCCCUGGAAAAGGAUGGCCGAGGCGACAAUGGUCGCGGUCGUGAAGAAGACGUAGUAGAUCGGGUUGACGACGUUGGUCGAGAACGUGUCGAGCGCCUUGUUGAAGUAGUUCAUCUGGAUCAGGAUGCACGACACGACGACGACGCCGAAAAUGUACGUGCUGAUGUGCGUGAGCUGGUUGUUGCCCGCGAUCGUGAGCUUGAGCGCGAUACCAAAGCCCUUGAUGGCCAUGACGGACACGGAACCGACGAGCGAGCAGAUCGAGAGGUACACCAUGGGAUUCUUAGUUCCAUAGCGCGGCACGAUGCGGAAAAUCAUAAACGUCGAGAACACGGCGACAAAGCCGAGGUACAGCAGGAACGGCAGGUUGGACGCGUACGCGAGAAUCUCGUCGACCGUCUCGACCUCCUUGUCGCUCGGCGCGUGCAGGACAAUGAUGACAGAGCCGAUGAUGCAGCUCGCACAGCCGCACACUCCCAGUCGUCCGAGCUUCUCAUCGAGCAUGAACGAGGCGAGGAUCGCACCAAUGAUGACACUCAUCGCUCAAGCGGCGUUACGAGAAUAGCCGGCGCAAACGUGUAUGCCGCGAAGUUUGCGACUGGCAUGUCAGCUGGCGGUUCACAUUCCCAGCUCACCUUCUCCCACUACCAUCGUGAUCAUUCCCGCCCACCAGAUCGGAUUCUGGAGAUACGCCAGAUCGUCGGCUGCAUGUCAGCUGAAGCUCAAGAGUACCGCAAAGCUAACUCACAAGCAUUCCUGGGCCCCGUCUGCCGCUGGUGGCUGUGCGGGUAG